UAUGACUGUAUAUGAUUGUACAUUUUUUUCAUUCUUCUCUGUCUAGAAUAUCAUGGGAAACCUGAUAGUCAUGUAAAGAAACAAUAGAAGAGAACAAGCUGAUUUGUUUGCCGUCCCUACGGCCUGCUGUUUUUACCAUGUGACCAUCCGCUGCCUGAUGCCUUUCUCUUAGUGGACAUCUCCACAGACUGACUCCAGAACAGCCAGUCAGCUGUAGCUUUCCAGUACCUCCCUCUCUCCUUUCUAUUUAUAUUCAGCCUAAUUUCACUUCAGGCCUAUUUUUUCCUCGCUGUCGGCUCCCUCCUGUCACUUGUUGACCCUCUUCAUAUUCUUGCUCACACCCCUCCCAUAUCUGAUGGCUGGGUUUUCGGAGUGUGGGUAUGAUUGACACCUUUAUUAUUAUUUGUGUGUUUAUUUGCAAUCUCCUCCAUGCUGUGUGGAGAGCGUUAGUGUCAGAGCCGGCUGGUUCGCCAGUGCCAUACGAGGAGCGAGGCCCUUCUUUCACAGAGUUUAUGGAGGAGUUGAGCCCCACACAACUGGCUGUCAAACAGCUGAAGCGACAGUUCUUGGAGGCCCUGCAGGCGAACGACGCCCAAGAGGUCAUGCAGAUUCUGCACACUGGGAAGCUAGACAUUGACACUGUGCUAGAGGUGGAGGACCCCAGCAUGGUGCUGGCCUCAUACAAACGAGGUUACUGGCUCCCAGGCUACAAACUGGAGAGGUCCUGGGCGAUGGGUAUUCAUGUAUGCGUGAUGUGCAAUGCUGUGGAAACAGCACUGGUGCUUCUUCAAGAAGGUGCCGCCAUAAACCAGACGCCCAAUGGGAAGACGCCGCUGCAUGUGGCCUGCGAGGUCUCCAACGGUGACUGUGUCGCCUUGCUCUUGGCUCACAGGGCAAAAGUCAACAGCCUGUCGCUGAGCGGACACACCCCCCUGCAAUACUGCAUCACCAGGGAGUCUGUGGACUGUGCCAAGCAGCUUAUCCUCAAAGGUGCUAAUGUAGAUAUGCCCAGCCAAAACAAUGAGGAGGACACACCUUUACACACAGCAGCCCGAUUCGGCAUCCCAGAGCUGAUCGCUCUCUACUUGGCCCACGGAGCAUCUGUGAAUGCAGUCAACUCUCUCCAGGAGACGCCCCUGAUGACUGCGUGCUUCUGGUCUUUUGACUCUAAAGAGCAAACCUACAGCCAAGAUCAUCAUCUUGUCUGUCGCCUCUUGUUGGAUCACCAGGCUGAUCCCAACCUCAGAGAAGAGGACAAUAAAACAGCUCUUCACAAGGCAGCCUGGAACUGUGAUCACGUCCUGAUGCAGAUGCUGCUGGAGGCCGGAGCUGACACCAGAGCCAUGGACAUCAAUGGCUGUGCCCCUAUUCAAUAUGUCCUCAAAGUGACUGAUGUCAGGCCCUUUGCCAUACCUGAGCUCUGCUAUCAGCUGCUGCUCAACCAUAACGCAGCACGGAUCUACCCACCCCAGUUCCACAAGGUGUUGCAGACCUGCUACGACUAUCCCGGAGCCGUAGAAAUCAUGAUCAACUCUUAUGAACGCAUAAAGCCCACAAAUAAGUGGAGAGCUGCCAUUCCUGAUGACUGCUACAAGCGACACAAAGACUUCUACGACUCUUUGUUUGCUGUUUGCACCAACUCUCCUCGGAGCCUGCUUCACCUGACCAGAUGUGCCAUCAGAGCCAGCCUGGGUGGGUUCUGCCACAGAGGUGUAGCACAGCUGCCUCUGCCAUCUCCCAUGAAGCAAUAUUUACUACUGGAACCUGAGGGGAUACUGUACUGAUGAAGCCUGUCACCUGACAGUUUUAAUAGAAACAUCUUCCUGUCUGCUGACUAUGGAAAGCGAAAAGCCUGCUAUUUGGAGCUGGUACUAACAGGUGUCUCUUUUAUAUUUUUGCUUAUCAUUCCAAGAGGAUUUUGUCUGGAACAUACAGAAAUCCCUCUUUGACAGUACAGAAGAAACUACAUGCAACUUGUCUUUGCUGGAGUAGAACUUUAAUCACAUGACUACCAUUAAAACUGAUUUAUAGAUGGUGGUUUGAGGCUGCACGUGAGAGAAUUAAUUCACUAUUAAUCCAGACAUACACAGAGAUUUGAGGGACAGUUGAGGAAAUAGCAAUCCACUGAUAAAAAUUGUUGUGAUAAUUACGAUAGUAAUAAUCAUUUAUAGUGAUGGACAAGUGAGGAUUUUUGUCCACUGGGUCACAUGGAAGCACCGUCAAUCUCCACAACUUCUCUUUCUGUAAUCCUUCCAUUAUGUGUAUCAGUGGAGGUACUGGUUUCUUUGAUGGUGGCAUGAGUGUCAGUAAAUACAAUUAGUCUUGUCUCUCUAUCACAGUGUUGCCACAUACUUCAGAGGAUCCAUAUCUACCUGGCAACCAGCCUUAAUGCUCACUCUCGGGCUAAUGCUCUCGCGAUACCCCUUUAUUUGCUGUACAAACACUUGACAAAGCCCUCCACAACAAGUGCUUGUUUCUUCCAGUAGACUGCACAUGAAGUAUAUGAUG